AUGUCUUUGAGCUUGGACGGCAAUCGCCCUGCUGCAAUGACAGUCUUUGGAACCGGCAUCUUUGAGAAACGGGAUUUCCAGCCAGACCAGACCAAAGAAUAUCAACAGGGGUUGCCAGAAGCAUUCAGCCAGGUCCUCGGUAACCCUAGGCUGUUGAACUGGGUCGAGUUCUCCGGCUGCCAGUUGGCGCAGGACUGA